AUGACAACAGUCGUUGUUGAGGUCUCCCGAGUCAUCCCCGCCACUGACUCAGUCCUAAACUCCGCUAACACGCUCACAAUCCCGUUGACUUUCUUCGAUCUACCAUGGCUACGUUUCAACCCAGUCAAACGAGUCUACUUCUACAAGCUAACCGAGUCAACUCGUGAGCAUUUCCACUCCUUCAUCAUCCCUAAGCUCAAACUCUCUCUCUCCCUCGUCCUCCGCAGCUACCUCCCUCUCUCCGGCCGCAUCACCUGGAACCCAAACGACCCCAAACCGAGCAUCAUCGUCUCUCCAAACGACUCCGUUUCGUUGACCGUCGCAGAGAGCGAAGCUGAUUUUUCCUUCCUUUCCAGCUAUGGUCAACGUCCAGUCACCGAGUUACAAACCUUGGUGCCCGAGUUAACCUUUUCGGACGACUCAGCAUCGGUUUGCUCUCUGCAGAUCACGUUGUUCCCUAACCACGGAUUCUCCAUCGGCGUCGCAGCACACCAUGCCGUUUUCGACGGAAAAACCGCGAUGAUGUUCAUCAAAGCUUGGGCUCACUUGUGUAAACAACUCCAAGAAAACAUAGUCAACUCUCUUCCGGAGAAUCUGACUCCAUCUCUUGACCGGUCUUUUCUCAACGGUCUAACCGGACUCAAUGAGAAGAUGGUCGAGGUUGUUACAUCUACCAAAGGGAGAAGCCUGCGUCCGCUUCCCGCCAAGGAGCUCGGAGACGACGACGUUUUAUCCACGCUCGUGCUGUCUCGCGACGACGUGGAGAGACUCCGGGAGAGAGUCAAGAGAGAGUCUAUGAGUCAAGAUAUCCAUUUGUCUACUUUCGUCAUCGCAUACGCCUACAUGUGGACUUGCCUCGUGAAGGCACGUGGAGGAAACAUGGAUAGGUACGUGACUUUCUUGUUUAUGGGAGACUUCAGAGAGCGGUUGGACCCGCAGCUUCCGGCGACCUACUUUGGAAACUGCGUGUUUCCGGCGGGUUGCUUCAAACGCAAGGCGGCGGAAUUUGGGGGAGAGGGAGGGUUCGUGACAGCGGUGGAGAUAAUCAGUGAACUGGUGAAAGGGUUGAGUUCACGGAAGAUAGAAACGAUUGUGGAUGAGUUUUUGGCUAUAUUCAGUUCCAAGGGCGAGAGCACACAGUUUGGGGCGGUAGCUGGAUCGACCCGGUCGGGAGUAUAUGAGUCGGAUUUUGGGUGGGGAAGACCGGUUAAGAGUGAUGUUAUCUCUAUCGAAGGAGAGAAAAUCUCAAUGGGAGAGAGACGUGACGAAUCUGGUGGCGUUGAGAUUGGAGUGUGUCUGAAGAAGACUGAAAUGGACAUCGUUCUUGCUUUGUUCAAUGAUGGUUUGCAAAAAUAAACGCAUUUCUUUGUUUCCAUGCAAAAUCUCAAUAAGGCAAAGAUCAAUUGAGUUGUGAGCUGUCUUAUGUAAUUGGGUGUUUUGGUUGCGUCAUGUGUUUCGAUUAUUGUUGUAUGGUAUGAUAUGUUUUGUAUUAUUUGUUCGUUGC